AUGAAACUGCUCCCUCUCCUUGCCCUCAUGGGCAUCGGGAUCGCCCACCCCCACGAUGCACAUGAUACUACUAUUCUAGAGUCGAGACAACAGACGUGCUCCGGUCCCGUGGAGAGUAAUCCGUCGACCUGGUGGCGCGCGGCCAUCGACCACAAUGGCACGGCGCCGACGAGCACGGACUCGACGUACCAGUACUACCGGACGGCGGUGCAGUACGGCGCCGACAACACCGGCGUCCAGGACUCGUCCGACGCCUUCAACUUUGCCAUUGACGCGUGGAGCCGAACCGGCAACACCGUAACGACGCGCCCGGCGUACAUCUACGUCCCUCCGGGCCGGUACCGCAUUAAGAAGCCGAUACAGAUGCUCGUAACGACCUACCUCGUCGGCGACGCCCUCGACCCGCCCGUGCUCAUCGCCGAUCCGGCGCUCGGCACCCAGCCCGUCAUCAACGGCUACGAUUCCCACCAGGGGGACGGGUCCGCGACAAAGAACUUUUACAUGGCGGUGCGCAAUCUUAUUAUUGACACCACCGAGAUCGGGGCGGACGUGCAGGCCGUUGGGGUCGACUGGAGCGUCUCGCAGGGGUGCUCGUUGACCAACGUCAAGGUGCGCAUGCCGAAUUACUCGAGCCAUAUUGGUGUUACUAUGGCACAGGGUGGUUCGGGUAUCUUGAUUAGCGAUAGUCAAUUCGAAGGCGGUGCCAUUGGCAUACAAGUCAACGGCCAGCAGUACCAGUUCAAGAACCUCUCCUUCAACGGCUGCAACGUCGGCAUAUCAGUCGCCUCCAUCUACGUCGCCGUCGUCCAGGGCGCCACCUUUGCCAACUGCAACUUUGGCAUCGACAUGGGCCGCAGCACUGCGGGCGUCGUCUCGGUCAUCGACUCCAAGGUGGAGUCUUCAUGCAACGCCGGCGUCAACAACCUCGUGACGGGCUCCGGCCAAAACUCGCUCGUCCUCGAUAAUCUGCAGGUCAGCGGCGCGACGGCGGCCGUCAAGUCCGCGAGCGACGGGUCGAUACUGCGCAAGGACUCGGUCCCGGCGGGUCAGACCUGGGUCAUGGGGUACGUGAACUCGAACAAUCUGCAAAAUGGGACGGUGUACCCCGUUGACCGGCCCGCCGCGCUGGUCUCAGGAGAUCGGUAUUUUACCGCGCCGCUGCCGCAGUAUGAAACGUAUGCCCUGGAUCAGUUUGUGAGUUUGAAGGGCGAUCCCCAGUACCCCGUGUAUGGCGACAACAGCCACGACGACGGGCCCAGCAUCAAUGCAAUCUUGCAAAAGUACAAGGGGUGCAAGAUCAUCUUCGUGCCCCAGGGUAUCUACCGCACCGAGGAGACGAUCUACGUGCCUCCCGGCACGCGGCUGGUUGGUGAAACGCUCAGCAUCUUCAACGGCAUCGGAUCACAGUGGUGGAAUCCUGACGACCCCCAACCCAUCCUCAAAGUCGGCAACCCAGGCGAGACGGGCAUCGCGCAAAUCACCGACAUCACCGUGGAGGUAGCCGACGUCCUGCAGGGCGCGACCCUCGUGCAGAUCAACAUGGCCGGCGCGCGGCCCGGCGACGUCGGCAUUUGGAGCAGCGUGUUCCGCGUCGGCGGCACGAAGCACUCGCUCACAAACACAAACUGCGGCGGCGCGGACCCGGGCGCGUGCAAGGCCGCCUUUGCGCUCAUGCACGUCACGUCCACGGCGAGCGCGUACCUGGAGAACGUAUGGGGCUGGGUGGCCGAUCACUCGCUCGACGGCGGCGCCGCGCAGAACAUUGCCGUCGGCAGGGGCGCACUUAUCGAAAGCACCAAGCCCACGUGGCUGGUGGGCACCAGCUUCGAGCACUGCGUGAUGUAUCAGUACAACCUCCAUAACGCCCAGAAUGUGUACAUUAGUCUGCAGCAGACGGAAUCUGCGUAUUGGCAGGGUGAAGGAACUCCUCAGAGAGCGCCCGGCCCGUGGUCCGUAAAACCAGCAUACGGCGACCCGGAUUUCAGUAACUGCGCGGUCCAGGGGCAGGGGAACAAUGACCGGUGCUACCGGUCGUGGGGCCACUACAUGACGGGCAGCUCCAAGGUGGUGAUUCACGGCUCUGCGCUGUGGGUGUUUUUCAACAAGAUGAAUGAUAAUCAGUGGCAGAACGCCCAGUGCGAGAACACGGGUGGCAACUGCAUGACCAACCAGGCCUACGCUGACGGCGCAAAGUCGACGUACUGGUUCGGCCUGAGCACCAAGAGCACUACCGCGCUGCUGUAUGAUAAGACGGGGGGCGUUAUUUGGGAGGUGUUUGCAAGCGACAACGCUGGCGGGUGGGGAGGUGUAGUUGCCGUGUAUCUACGGGACUCGGCGGCUUGA